CCUUCCUUACACUUUGCUACAUGAUGAAAAUGCUCUCAUUAGAAACGUUCUUUGGAACACCAGUAAGAAAUCGGUACCCUAAUAAGGGUCUCCUCCCCCAGCAACUCACAAGGUUUCAUUACAUAACCAAAUUGAUAUGUCUCAGGUGAGACAUCUAAAUGCAUUUGUGAUUUUCAUGUGAACAUUUUUCUUUUUCCAUGUCAGAUGGAUUUCAUUCUUUCUGAGCUGAUCUUGGAUGAAAGUUUGAUGUUGUGCCCAGAAAUGUGGCAGCUUCAUUUCUCCUUCUUUCUUCUUCUGACCACAUGAAAUCUGGGAUCCUCUAACAUUAGUUAAUGUGCUUAGUGCAGAGGCAUUUGAAACAAUGAUGAGCAAGAUUUUUAAAUUAAACACUGCAAAAUCCUUUGAGGGCAAGCAAUUAGGUUGAAUUAAGUGAACAAUUCUCCACCCUCCCAGGGAAUUAAGAGUUGGUGCCUUGUAGUUUCAGAAGGCCACUGUUUGCUACUACAGCUAUGCACACUGAGGUGGUCCUUUCUACAUGAGAAUCAGGUUUCCUUGCAUGCAAACUGAGUUGAAGAACUGCCAAUUUUACCGAAAAGAAAAAAGAAAAAAAGAUGGCAAGUCUGGAAGAACUUGAAUUUAACUGAAUUUGGAGGAUGAAGUCCAGCCUAAUGCAUUUGGUUCCUCCACUGAGUAGAGAAAGAAUAAUCUCCCAGUUUCCCAAGUGGUACACGCCUGAGGCCUGUCUGCAGUUUAAAGAGCACUUCUAUGCACAGGUUAGGAGUGCUUGUCAGCAGAGCACUGGAACGGCUGGGGUGAAAGUGUCCAAAGUGGUUGUGGUAGGAGACCUGUAUGUUGGGAAAACCAGUCUUAUCAACAGAUUUUGUAAAGAUAAUUUUGACCGAGACUACAAGGCGACCAUUGGAGUAGAUUUUGAAAUUGAACGUUUUGAGAUAAUUGGAAUGCCAUAUAACCUCCAGAUAUGGGACACAGCAGGUCAGGAGAAGUUCAAGUGCAUUGCAUCUGCUUACUACCGAGGAGCAGAGGUUAUAAUAACAGUGUUUGAUCUGGCUGAUAUCCAAACUUUGGAUCACACCAAACAGUGGCUAGAAGAUGCAUUGAGGGAGAAUGAGCCAUAUUCCAGCUUCAUCUUUCUGGUUGGAACAAAAAAAGAUUUGGUGUCAGAUGCUGUGUGUGAAAUGACAGAGCUGGAUGCAAUCUGUUUUGCCAAGGAGAUGCAGGCAGAAUACUGGUCGGUUUCAGCCAAAACAGGGGAAAAUGUCAAAGAAUUUUUUUCCCGAGUUGCUGCCUUGGCCUUUGAACAGUCCAUGAUGAAGGAGCUGGAGAACACUCCUGGGUACAGGGCCCAAAUUGGGGCAGGAAAUCUGAUCAAACUAGAGAACAACAUUAUGGAAGUUGCAGAAGACAAUGCUCAAGUCAGCCUGAGUUGUUGCUAACUGUCAACUGUUUCUGCAAGUGCCACAGUUCUCUGCAACAAUGCUCUCAAACCAGAAACAGAGCGCUUUAAUUUUAGAAACGAGGGAGGAAAAACUUACCCAAACUUUCUUGCUGAGAGUUCCCUUGCUGCUGCAGGCUCACCAUGCAGGGUGGUACAAUUGUUAAGUAAGCCGUUCUCUGUGUAGUUGAAACAUAACAUCCUUGUCUUAAUGCAAGAAGACAUUGCCAGUGCCAUGUGCUCACCUGUCUGCUAGAAAGGCUUGUAGUCAAAAAUUAUAUCAUUUUAGUGUUGUUCUUUGAUAAUUCUCUAGAAGUCUUAGCUAGUGAACUGGCAUUCUUGUGGGAGCAAGAAACAAGUGGCAGUUCAGAAUGAAGGGUGCUAUCAAUAUGGUUUUGCCUUUUAAAAUCAUCAUGUAAAAUAACUCUGAUUUGCUUUUAUGCAUUCCAAGUAUUUUAAAACUAUUUGAAAAUAAAUUCUUUUAAGUAUCAGGUCUGGAAGUACACAAAUGCAGACUGCAUAGUUUCCACUGUGGUUUCUCCAUCCAGGAAAAAUCUGUAUUACUUUUCAUUUUCCACUUGAGAAUCAGAGCCCAGUAUUAAAUAUUUCCAAGCCUAGAAGAAGUCCAGGUAGGAACUUGGUUAUGUUAACACAGCUGUCUAGUAUUUUGAAAACUUUGCCAGAUAAGAAUGCUAUUCUUUUCCAUUCUCUUGAAUAAGAAAGAAUGGUCACACAGGUGCAUAAUAUGGAAAAUAUAUUAGUUCGUUCUGUUUUUUCCAAUAGCUCUCUGAACUCUAAUAUUUAGUUGUGAGUAUUUAGAAUUCCAUGUUUCUAGGAUUCAUAUUCAGCAUUUCAAGCUUGCUGGCAUUAAAAAAAUUAUAUAUAAUGCUCUAAAUUUCAUACUGCAAUUACUUUAAAUGGAAAGAAAGAAGAAAACCUAUGAACAAUUACAAGGUACAGUUUCUUGAGAUAUUUAUUCAAUCAUUGCAGAAACAACAGUAUCCAGAAAAAUAAUUACAAUAGGACCUUUCAGAUUUGAGCUGCUGAGAAAUAAAGACAUUUGUUAAUAAAGAAAUGCAUCAAUCUGAAAAUAUUCUGGUUUCUCUGCCAUUUUCCCCACUUUGAUAAGAAAUGGGAAAAAGUGGAGAAAAGAUAUCUUGAACAUCCUUUUUAUUACUUUUUUCUUAUUACGUAAGUUAGAGCAGCUUCCUAGAAUAUGAUGAAUAGAGAUCUAGGAACUCUGUGUCUUUUUUUAUCGGACAAUCUUCACUUUGGCAAUUGUGCUGCCUGUUGGCAAGGGCACAAAUGUAGCAUUUGGUGUAAAAAAUGAAUCUGUGAGGGUACAAAAGGAGCUCUUUAUCCAAAUGUGUAAUAUUUUGACCUUAUGAUUUUCUAUGCAGUUGUUGAGUUCCCAAGUCUCACAUGGAAGGUGAAUUUACACUGUGCUUGUAGCAUAUGCUGUGCUGGGUGGGCAGCGUGGCCACAGCCAUUGUGUUUCCUGAGCCUGAAUGAGAGUAGAGGAGAUGGUUCACUCUGCUGCAGCAAGUCAUGUUACCUGGGCUUCAGUGCUGACAUGAGAUAGUGUUUACCCUGCAAAGUGAGUCAGGAACAAAUCUAAGAAAAUAUUCAGUUUUUUGUUUGGGUUUUUUUUUCCCACCAAGGGAAAAGGUUUCUCCAAAGGGUUUCUUUUGUUGCUGGGCUCAAUUAUUGUACAAAGUCACAGAGAUGCAAUCUCUUCAACAACAUGAUCAUGUUGCCUGGAAAAUCUACUGGGACAGUUUUUUCCUAGGGAUUCAGUACAUUGCAUGAUGUCAUUACUUUUUUGUAUCAUCUGAAGCUCCAAAAACUCCACAUACAAAGGCAAUACUCUGUCAGUCAUCAGCUAUCAUGGGACAGUGGCCUGAGUCUGUCUAUUAAAUGAUGAAGACUUUGAGACUGGGUGUUUUUUUGGUUGGUGGUUUGUUGGGUUUUUUGUUGUCUUUUUUUGUUUGGGUGUUUGUGGUGUUUGGGGUUUUUUUGCUUGCUUGGUUGGUUUUAAGGGUGCUUUUAGCACCACUGAGGCCUCCCCUACAAAGAACUCUGUAUUAAUAAUUCAUAAUCUAAAAUGAAUCUCGGAUCAUGUUGCAAAUGAUGAGUUGCUUAGGAAAGCACAAAGGAAACUAACUAUAGAAAACAAAUAUAAAUUUAUAAGUUCUACCUGGCCAAUGUUUUAUCUAUGUAUGUUAAUCCAUUCUAUCAGCAACUUAAUUGACUUUGAAGAAGCCUUAAUAUUUUGAAAAACAGUGUUGAAAAAACUUUAUUAACUCUAACCAUAGGUAGGCUAAACCACAAUUUCUAUACCAGUUGAAAUUCCCACAGUGAUCAUCACAACAGUCACAGUUUCAGCUUCCUUGUGGAAUUUGCAGGUGAGAAAUUGAAGUAAAAUUUGGAGUCAGUCUGAAGCCUAAGAUAAAGAGCAAUUGUAAUAAUCCAUUUCCCAAAAGAAGUACAUGUUGUGCUGUUUCUUGUCUUUAGUAAGUAAAAGCUAACGUGUUAA